CGCUGCUGAUUUAUUUUAAUUUCCCCUCCCUCCCCUGCCCUCCUUCCAAUUUCUCUGUUUUUUAAGGGGGUCUUCAAAUCCCAUGCUGUUGGUGCUGAAGGUAUCCCUUGGCUAUUUUGCUUGCCUGUCCAUGAAGAGCGUGCUGAGCCAAUAGGGAUCGAACAGGAAGGUCAAAACCGCCCAACCGUUGCCAUUUCCACAUGCUGAGCCCUUCUGACACGGUUUCUCUCACCCACCAGAGCAGAGUUCUUCCUGACCACGAAGAGAACCAGAGGGGCAAUGUAGGCCCAGGGUCUGCAGAGGACUGUACUGAGGACCCCCUGGUCGGUUAAUGUGGCGCACAGCAGGGCGGGGCUCCGCGUUGAUUGGAGGAGCCUGAGCGGUGUCCGGCUGACCGGAGCAUGUCCAAGAAGAGCCGCGGGAAGGGCGACAAGCCCGAAACGGAGAUGGAGGCCGUCCAGUCGGCCAACGAGGAGCUGCGGACCAAGUUGACCAACAUCCAGAUUGAAUUUCAACAGGAAAAGAGCAAAGUGGGCAAGCUGAGGGAGAGGCUCCAGGAAGCGAAGCAGGAGCGGGAACAGGAGCAGCACAAGCACACGGCCUUCAUCUCGGACCUGCGGGCCAAGCUGCACGAAGAGAAGGUGAAGGAACUACAGGCCGCGCGCGAGGCCCUGAGCAGGCAGCACGAACAAGACCUGGCCCGGCUGGCCAAGAUCAAAGAUGGGGAGGUGCAGCGUCUCCAGGCCAGCCUGCAGAUGCUGCGGGACGGGGGCGCCGACAAGGUGAAGACGGCCCUGUGGAACGAGGCCCGCGAGGAGGCCAGGAGGACCUUCGACGGCGAGCGCGUCAAGCUGCAGCAGGAGAUCUUGGAACUCAAGUCCGGGAAGAAGCAGGUGGAAGAAGCCCUGGGCAACAUGGUGCAGGCCGAUAAGACCAAGGCCGCCGACCUCCGGGUGGCCUAUCAGACCCAUCAGGACGAGAUCAAUAGGAUCAAGCGGGAAUGCGAGAGGGAUAUCCGGAGGCUGAUGGACGAGAUAAAAGGAAAAGAGCGAGUGAUAUCGGCCUUGGAGAAGGACUUGGGUGUCCAGGCUGGUCAUACCCAGAAGCUACUUCUUCAGAAAGAAGCUUUGGAUGAACAACUAGUCCAAGUGAAGGAAGCGGAGCGGUACCACAGUAGCCCAAAGAAAGAGCUUCCACCCGGAAUAGGAGAUCUCUCCGAACUGAUGGGCAGCCUGGAUCAGCAUAUGGAUGAACGUGAUGUGCGGAGGUUUCAACUAAAAAUUGCUGAACUGAACGCCGUCAUACGGAAGCUGGAAGACAGAAAUACCCUUCUAGCCGAUGAAAGAAAUGAACUGGUGAAGCGCUCUCGAGAGACAGAAGUCCAGCUGAAACCUCUCGUCGAAAAAAAUAAGAGAAUGACCAAGAAGAAUGAAGACCUGCUGCAGAGCAUACAGAGGAUGGAAGAAAAAAUAAAAAAUCUUGCAAGGGAAAACGUGGAACUGAAAGAAAAGCUAGCUAACCAAGCAUCUUUAAAGCGACACACUUCCCUCAACGACCUCAGUAUUACCCGAGAUGAGCAAGAAAUCGAGUUUCUGAGGCUGCAAGUCAUAGAACAGCAGCAUGUGAUUGAUGAGCUUGCAGUGGAAAGAGAACGGUUACUGCGUUCCAAAAGACAACGGAGGAAAAGUUUGAAGCCUCCAAAGAAGCAUGUUGUGGAGACAUUUUUUGGAUUUGACGAAGAAUCCAUUGACUCAGAGACAUUAUCUGAAACGUCCUUCACAGACAGAACUCCAGCUACUCCCGAGGAAGACUUGGAAGAUAAUCCCCCCAGAGAAGAAGCUGACUUAAGGUUCUGUCAGCUGACCAGAGAAUACCAAGCAUUGCAAAGAGCGUAUGCUUUGCUUCAAGAGCAAGUGGGUGGAACACUGGAUGCAGAGAGAGAAGCCAGGACCCGGGAGCAGCUUCAGGCUGAUCUAAUUAGAUGCCAGGCAAAAAUUGAGGACUUGGAAAGGUCGCUGAUUGAAAAAGGACAGGAUUCAAAAUGGAUAGAAGAAAAGCAGUUGCUUAUUAGAACAAACCAAGAUUUGUUAGAAAAGAUAUACAAAAUGGAGGUGGAAGAGAAUCUACUGAAGAAUGAAAUACAGGAUGCAAAAGACCAGAAUGAGCUGUUAGAAUUCAGAGUACUAGAACUUGAAGAAAGAGAACGAAGGUCGCCAGCAUUUAAUCUUCAAAUAACCAGCUUCCCGGAAAACAACGGAAGUGCUCUGCAACUGUUCUGUCACCAGGAAGGAAUAAAGGAUGUGAAUAUUUCUGACCUUAUGAAGAAAUUAGAUAUCCUCGGAGAUAAUGGGAAUUUGAGAAAUGAGGAGCAGGUUGCAAUCAUCCAAGCAGGAACGGUGCUUUCCCUCUGCGAAAAGUGGUUAAAGCAGAUUGAGGGAACAGAAGCAGCGUUGACUCAGAAGAUGAUAGACCUCGAGAAUGAGAAGGACCUGUUCAGUAAACAGAAGGGCUACCUAGAAGAAGAACUGGACUACAGAAAGCAGGCUUUGGACCAAGCUUACAUGAAAAUCCAGGAUCUGGAAGCGACGCUGUACACCAGCCUGCAGCAGCAUCAGGAGGCUCCGGACGGUGGUCAGGAUGGUGACGGUGGGCGGCAGCCAGUGGAGCGGCGAGGCCGGGGGAGGCCGGACUCCCUGAGCGAGGCGCAGAGGGAGGACCUGAGGGCCGCCGUGGACAAAGUUCGCAGGCAGAUCCUCCGCCAGAGCCGCGAAUUCGACUGCCAGGUCUUGCAGGAGCGCAUGGAACUGCUGCAGCAGGCCCAGCAGAGGAUUCGAGAGCUGGAGGAUAAAAUAGAACUUCAAAAGCGCCAACUGAAAGAAAUAGAGGAAAAGCAUUCAUUCUAUGGCCUUGAUGACAUCAUUGAGCCAAGAAAUCUGGAUAUGAAAAGAGCUUAUGGUGUGAACAGCUGAGUCCUACUGCAAAUAAGCAAACCAAUAAAAAAAACCAACCCAUCCUAAAAAAAAAUUCCAAACCGAAACCAAUUUUCUGAAAAAAGAUUUGAGCAGCUUUGAAUUGCUGAAAUUUGGUCCUGAAACCAUUCUGUCAAGCUUGAAACUGCAAGACUUUAAGGCUAAUUAAGGAUUCUGUAAAAACAGCAUACAACCUGAAAAGCUUUAAUGUUUCAAACAAGGACACGUGCUUCAUAAAUGUGGAUAGAAGGUGUACCAGAAGAGAAAAAAAUCAAGUGCAAUUAUUCAGUCGUAUGAACUACACUCUACCAAACGAUUUAAAAACCCAAGAACUUUUUACCGCAUGUUUUCAACAGAUGUGAUUUGCAUUUCACAAUAGAACUCUUUGUAAA